AGUAUCUGUUUAAAGUAAUAAAUAGUUAUUUCAUUUUAACUACAGUACACUUAAUCAACAUAAUGGUCAAGUUUAUAAAAUAUAUGUUGCAAUCAAGGACAAAACAUGCUCAUGCUUGUAGGUUUUAAAGCGUCAUGCGCACCUUUUGGUACACUCAACACAAUUCGUAUAAGCUUGUGUAAUGCAACAUAAAAGCAAUGUGUAUACGUAUUUCCACUGUAGCCUAUUUAAAUUGCGUCAAUGGUUUCUUCCUACAAGCUCUCUUUUAUUCAUUGGGAUAUUUUUUACAUUCGUACUCAUCUUCGUAGAGAUGCACUGCCUCGGAGCUGUCACGGAUCUAUCUUCGGGCAAGGUGAAUAUCAGCCCUGGUGGAAAUCGCGGAAAUGUAUUGAGCGUGGUUCGAGCCCUCGGUGUUUUAGUAUGUGAAGGAAGAAUUCAGGGCUCUUCACGUGGAUACAAAGAAGGCCCGCACUGCUCUGUACCGUUACAGACAGUUCCUAAUAAUCAUGUGUGCGAUAAAGAUAAUUACUUGUGCAAUAGAUAUCUUGUGUUAAUUAAAGAAAUAGCGAACAGAGUCGAUAUUGGUGCCAAUUUGUGCAUUGAAGUUUUUAUGUGCAGCGAUUGUCCAUGUGGACAUGCGACGGCGACUUGUAAUAAUAUAAUUUCCUCAAUACCAUCCACAUUAAUCUCGCAAUGGCCACAUUCGUCCGAAAUACUCCUCGAGUAUUGGCGCAUUGGAGUUCUUCCCAGCAAGAGCUCGGAGAUGAUGAAUCCACUAGCUUUAUAUCAAGCGGUUCGAUCUCGUUUGCACUUUAGUCAAGUAGCAGCUUGGUGGUCACGUAGCAAUGGUACUAAACCUGCCUACGUGGCGACGAGAAUUAUACCACAUAAUGCCGACAAUCUCAGAAAUUUUCGAGAAACGCCAAUAGAACACACAUUUCCAUUAGCAGCAAUUGGUGAUGGUAAUUCUGUAAACGUUACAGUUUGGGCUUUACCACGAAUUAAAGAUGUACCCACAUUUAUUUGCCCAAUUCAUCAAAGUUUAGAUUUGAAAGAAGAAGAAAAUGGUGCCAGAGCAGUUACUCCAACAAAAAACGUUGUAUCAUCUCGUUUGGAUCCGGGCCUUGUUUUACUAGCUCUAGUUGACGAUAGAUUACAAACGCCAUGUGAUAAGUCAGGAAAACAUCAUUGUAAUUGUGAAGAUGAAGACGGUUGUCCACCUUCACAGUGCAUUAAGCCAAAUGGAGAGAGAAAACGUCGUAGAUCUUUACCAUGUGGUCCACCCGACGCUAGUUCAUGUUCUACAUUUAAUAACGUCCCAUUAAUGUCAGUUAGUGAAACUAACUCGUCUAAUGUAUUUCGAGAUGCUGAAACGAAUUUUGCAGAUACAAAACAGUCAGCUGACGUAGAAAAAUUUAAUACUCGAAGUUAUGCAAGUACAAGCACAUUUGAACGUUGUUUUAAAACGCAAGUAAAACUUACUCUUGAAGCGUCAGAAUGUAAUGAUGAAAAACGAUAUAAACCAUCUUCAGAACUUUUAGCCGCCGAAAUGAAAUCAUAUGUAAACAACACUACUUCAAUUGGCUCUAAUAAAUUUAAAUCAUUUGUGCCUUUUGUUGAAUCACAAGACUUAGGAAUGUCUGGAAUCCUUAAUUUCGAUGCGACAAAACCAGAUAGUUCACAAGAAAAGAAUAAUCAUCCAUCGGCUGUAUCAACUAAAACAAAUGUCGUUGUAAAUCCUUUAGCGGAACAUGUUUCGUUUUAUGAACCAAACUGCGGCCCAUCUACAUUUUUCAGAUCAUCACUUUGUAAUAAUAACAAUAAUAAUAAUAACAGUAAUAACAACAUAAACAACAACACCGGUAGUAGUAGUAGUAGUAGUAGUAGUAGUAGUAGUAGUAGUAGUAGUAGUAGUAGUAGUAGUAGUAGUAGUAGUAGUAGUAGCAGCAGUAGUAAUAGCAAUUGCUGUAGUAGUAAUAGUAUUAAUAACAAUAGUAGCAAUUCAAAUACCGAUAAAUCACCGAAUGAAAAGAUAGUAGAUAAUUUGGAAGAAAAAUCAAUGAAGAGUCCAAUAAAUAGUGCUCAUGGCAAUAAGGAUUUAAGUCAUUUAAUGUCCAAAUUAACAUUUCCUAAAGAAAUAAAUAAUAAAAUGCGAAAAGAAGAAAAUGGAAUUCUUGAUUGGAUUAGUAAAGUGCCUGGUAGAGUACUCGGUGGUGCAUCUAAUAGUAGCCAUAUAUUAGAAGAUGGGAACAAGUCCACAACGAAUGGUUUUAAAGAUAAAAAUCAAGAACAAAAGCAAUUACGUAAUUCUAAUGCGAUCAAGUUCAAGAAUUGUAACUUAGAGUUGAGCCAGCGUGAAUUCGAUGAAGUUUUAGCUGUUCUCAGAACACGAACAUCGACUAAUCGACGAUGCAUUCAAGUCAAGACACUUAGAAAACGUGAACGUGUGGAAAAAUUAGUAGAUUGUAAUAUUUUAGAAAAAACACCAAUUAAAAAUGUAUCUUCUACAAGUCAUUCAAGUUAUUCUCAUUGCGAAAAUUCACAAUCGACCGAUUCCAUAGGAAAUUCUAUUUUGCAAUCGUACAAAAAUUUAUCUUCAGUGGAUAGUUGUCAUAAAUCUUGUAAUAAAGCGGAUGUAUUACUAGGAGCUAUUUUACGUACUAGCCGUGAUCGUAAAGGAUUAAUAGAUAUUUCUAAUGGCACCAAUUCUCGUACUGUUUUAUCAAAUGAUACUAGUGAUGAUAUACAUUGUAAUAUACAAGCCACACUGCCAGGUGAAGAUGUUGAAUCACUAGUACCGUCAAUGCUAAAUAAGAAACUUAAUCGUUUAAAAUUAUUUUUUAAAAAAGAACAAGAAAGAAAAGAAACGUUAACAAAAGAUCUUUCGAAUCCAAAGAAUAAUUCUUUAAGUUCGCCCACUGAUUAUGAUAGGCAAAAAAUUAAUUUUAUCAAUACUAACAAAGUAAAAAGAAAAAUUGAUUUUACUAAUUAUUCAACGAGUUUUAAACAAUUAGGGCCUUCAUGUGAAGAAUUUGUCAAUGGAACAACGAGUAAAACACAGGAAAAUUCAAUUUGUUGCAGAAUCGAAAAUGAAUCCAAAGUUGAUGACUUGAAUGAUCAUAAAAUUUUGACUAAAAAUCGCUUUGAGUCUUCCGUUAAUCACAGUACUAAAAAUCACUAUGAAAACGAAGAUAAAAUUAGUGAAAACGGUCAAUUAAAUAAAAAAUCUCACGAUGAAUCUCGUAGCAGCUUUGAAGAUGAAGUUAAUGAUAAAAAUGUUCCUUCAACAAUUGAGCAAGAACGUUUUAGAAGAUCUUUGGAAAAUGCUGCUUCAAUGGUAUUUCACUGUAGAACAGGUUUACCACUUACAUCCAGUCCAGCUCCACUUAGAAGAGGCAGUUGUUGUUUUGAUUACGAUAGUACCCUUAAUUCAGUUUCAUCGAAGCGAAGUGCCCUUUUUGACUUGAAUACACCACCAAGCCCAGGCGCAGUAUCACUAGAAGAAAAACAAUUUUCGGAAAGUGACGAAACUCCAAAACGAUCAUUUUCCCGGAGUAGACCUCAAAGUUAUUCUUUACUUGGUAAUUUUGAAGAAUCAGCAUUAAAUGGAAGGUUAGAACCAGUUUCAACUGUUCAUGGAUUCACUGCUGAAAUUGGAGCGAGUGGUGUCUUUUGUCCCAAGCAUCGUAAACUUCCGGUGACAGUGUUCUUUUAUACACUUGGUGACAAUGAUAAAGUUUCCACCCCUUAUCUUGCUCACAUUAAUUUAGGGAAAAAAGGUUAUCAAGUACCAAGAAGUGGUACAAUCCAAGUAACUCUUUUGAAUCCUUUGGGCACGGUAGUCAAAAUGUUUGUUGUUUUAUAUGAUUUAUCAGACAUGCCACCUCGAUCUCAUACUUUUCUACGUCAAAGGACAUUGCGAGAUAAAACUCUACGCUACCUCAUACACUUGAGAUUCAUGUCAGGAAAAUCUGGUCGAAUUUAUCUUCAUACAGAUAUAAGAAUAAUUAUUUGUCAUAAGGCCGAUGUCGAUACGGCAUCUGAUUUUGCUUUAGAGUCACCGAAAGAAUUGAAAAGUUAUAUUCAUGGUCCAACAAAUCCAAAAUUUUCACCAAGAUGCUGAGCUUCGUGGUUAUCUUCGUGCAUUUGUUUCCGAUCAUCCCAUUCAUUUUGUCCUUCUGUAAGUGUGGAAGUUUAAUGAGCAAACAUUUUGAAAAAGAAAAAAUUUUUUAAAAGCUUCCUCAAAGUAAAAUGAAAAUAAUUGAUUUGUAAAAAUAUAAUUUUUAAAUUUACGAUUAAUUUUUUUUUUUAAUUACUUACAAAAUAGAGUGAUUAGGUAUUGUAAAUUAAAUUAAUCCCGAUGAAAUUUUCGAAGUAAUUUAAAUAACUAGAUUCGUUUGUUUAACAAAUACUAUUAUAUUUAAAUUAUUUUUUUUUAUUUUAUGUGAUUUACUAUUACAAAAAUAAAUUUAUAAAAUAAUGCUAUGAGGGAUAAAGGGAUAUUCUGCGAUGAAGAAAAAAAAACUGUAAGUGAUAAAAAAAUGAAGGAAUUUCAAAAAAUAUACAUCAUAUAUUAUAUAUAAUUCACAUAAUGAGCUUGGUAUAUUUCGUUUUUAUUCAGUAUUGUACAUUAGACAUUGAAUAAUAAAUAAAAUAAAAUUAUAAUAUUUUUGAAUGUUUAUAUUUUCGGUGAAAAAAAAUUCGAAAAAAAAAAGUAUAUAUAUAUAUAGCCAGCUCACGUGAUAUCUACAUAAAGAAAUUCCUGUUAUAAAAUUAAAUUUAUAUAUAUAUAUAUAUAUAUAUAGAGUCCGAUCUUUUUAUGUUUCAUUUAGGACUGUUAAAGAAAAAAAUCUUAGAAAUUUACGGAGUUUGAUGUCUUCAAUGUUUCCGUUUCUUAUAAUAUGAUUAAGAUGAUAAGUAAUACUAAACUUCGUAUAAUCGUUUUUUUUGAAAUUGUCAGUUUUAUGGCGAGGUUCGGUCACGAAAUUUUCAUCAAAUUGUUCUUGAGGAUAAUUUUUCCCAGCUAUUUUUAUCAAAUUAAGGAGAAAAGUCUUGUAACACAUGAGCAUAACAAGAUUGGACUAUAUAUUUAUGUAUUAUUUGCAUAUUUAAAACAGAACACAUUUUUGUGUCCGUAGCACUGUGAUGAAUAUAUAUUUAGAAUAAAUGAAAUAAUAAUAUUACAUAGUAAAUAAUUGUAAAUCGGAAUUCUAUUGUGCUAAUACUAUUUAACAAAAUGAUAAACUAUCUAUUUAAAAUCAAAUAUGUUUUAUAAAUUCAUUAUCAAAUGUGAAGAAGUGACAUGUAAAGCAACCACUUAAUAAUCAAGAUCAUUUAUAUAACUCAUUGUUAACCAUCGUUUAUGUUUUAUUUGAUUUUAAUUACUUAUUAAAUAACUAUAAUAUUUAUAUUUUUGAGAUUUUGAUAAGUCAUUGUUUAUUGAAUAUCAUUCUAGAUUAAUGCAAGGUAUAAUUUUUUAUUAAAUUGCGGAAUAAUUAUCAAGAAAUUGACAAAACAGAUAUAUUUAUAUAUUUUUUUUAUCACAAUGCGUUAGCAUGAAAUGAAUGUAAUCAUAAAAAUGUUAAAAAAGUAAUAUUUUCAUAAUACAGUGAAUCAGCAAAAUUUAAAGGCAAUAAGUAAAAAUAUUAGGUGUGUAUAAGUCACUCAAAGAAAGAUAAAUAAUAGAGAAAAUUAUGUGAUGAAAACCAAAAUCUUUUAUCACUGCCAUACUAUAUCUUUCACAGUAUUGGUUGGUGUCGUUGUAAAAAUAGAAAUCACAGUUUAAAUUCAAAUUCUAUAUAAUGUAAACACAAAGAUA